UCCUGUUCUCUCUCUCUCUCUCUCUCUCGUUCUCAGUCUUACACUUUCUCUUUGCCCCUCCCCUCCUUUCGUGGUUCACUCGGUCGCUGUUGGUGUUUGCCACUGCAAUCCCGGCAUGCUCGGCUCAUGUAUGUGUGUAUGUUGUACCAUGUCGUAGCCUCUGUCGCCGUCGUCGCUGCCGACAUCACUCCCAUGUUGUUGAAGUGCCACUCACCAAGCGGCUUGACGGACGGCACACCGACUUCAACACCAUUAAAAAAACACACAUAUAACGUAUUCAUUGAACAGACAAACAGACCUUAAACGCUCAUCAAGAAAUUAUAACACAAAUGCUUUUUUAAACGGAUUUUUUCAAUCAUCGUUUCACUGCGCCUUUUUUUCCCCUUUGGGAGGAACUCGUUUCCUCCGAUUUUGUACUUUUCUUUCUUGGUGAAGAUCUAUCCUUUAUCUUGCCUCAUGAAAUGCAGUCCUCACAAUCAAGACAUGUCGAAGGAUGCAGUAUUUCAGAUGUGUCCAACCCAUACCAGCACAACUCCGAUAAACCGUGUUGUUUUGAGAAAUCUGUAAAACUGAAGUUGGAGGGCGUAAACUUCGCACCAAACGGCAUGCCUGUGCAACCCAUACCAGCUCCCUUGGACAGGGAGCAUGGGAUUGCAUUUGGUUCAAGUAACAGGAAAAUCCUUCCAGAUAGGCGACAUACGCCGUACAACAACAUGGGUCAACCGGAAUAUCGGAUAUACGACUUAAACAAAAGACUGCAGCAACGGACAGAGGAAAGUGAUAAUCUUUGGUGGGAUGCCUUUGCAACAGAAUUCUUUGAAGAUGAUGCAACAUUAACUUUAACAUUCUGUUUAGAAGAUGGUCUAAAACGAUACACAAUUGGACGGACUUUAAUACCUCGCUAUUUUCGCAGUAUAUUUGAAGGUGGCAUAACAGAUCUCUACUACUUACUAAAACAUCCCAAAGAAUCAUUCCAUAAUACAACCAUUUCACUAGACUGUGACCAGGCUAUGAUGAUCACCCAUCAUGGCAAACCCAUGUUUACUAAGGUAGUCACUGAAGGAAGAUUGAUUUUAGAAUUUACAUUUGAUGACCUCAUGAGAAUUCGAUCAUGGCAUUUUGCUACCAGACAACAUCGAGAAUUAAUUCCAAGAAGUGUAAUAGCAAUGCAGCAAGAUCCUGCUAUGGUUGAACAAUUAAGUAAAAAUAUUACUAGACAGGGUCUGACAAAUUAUACACUUAACUUUUUACGGCUGUGUGUGAUUCUUGAACCAAUGCAGGAGUUGAUGUCCCGUCACAAAGCCUACGGACUGAAUCCACGCGACUGCCUGAAGACGACACUGUUCCAGAAGUGGCAGAGGAUGGUGGCGCCCCCAGGUAAAGGCAAGAUACCAACUUUUGUUUCUUUUCACCACAACCAUCAUCAUAAUUUACUGGAACGUAUUUCACCCUUUGGAAAUUCACCAAGACUUGAUACCUCACCUUCGAAAAGAAAAGUUACAGAUACGGCAAGACCUCCGAGUAAAAGACGAAAACGGAAGUCCUCGGCUGGAAAUAAUUCGACGUCGGGAAACGUAAACUCCCGGGAUGCAGUGCCACCAUCAGGAAAACAGAAGAGAUCACCGGGUCCGCAAGGAUUUAACAUUGCAUCAACAGCACCGGGGGAUGUUAUGGUUGUCGGUGAACCAACCCUGAUGGGUGGGGAGUUUGGGGAUGAAGAUGAACGUCUCAUCACUCGUUUAGAGAACACUCAAUAUGAACCAAAUGGUACAGAGGAAGAGCAAGAGUCCAAAUUUCAGACUUCUCCAGCGCCAUUGCAGCAGAGCCCAUGGGCUCAGGAUAAAAAGCCUCCUCCAAACCCUGCCAAUCAAACAGAGGAGAAGACUGACUAACAUCAGACAGACAGACACACACACACAUACAGACAAACGAGAUAAUAGACAUACACAUACACUUGGACGUAUACAUACACACACAGAGACAUGAACAUUAUAAUAUAUAUAUAUAUAUAAUAUAUAUAUACAUAAUACAAUACAAAAACUGAUGUGCAGCGUAUGUGACAAUGAGUGUCAGAUGGUUUGGCUGCUUGCUCCUCCUCCUCUUCCUACUUCUCAUCCUCCUCCUCCUCCUCCGACAUCAUCAUCAUCGUCGUCGUCAUUCACACACACACAAACGUACAUAUAUAUAUAAUAUAUAUAUAUAUGUAUAUACAUACAUACACACAUACAUGUACACAAAAAUACAUAAACACGCCCACACACACACACACACAAUUCCAUAUUGUCAUUGGCAACAUUAUAUUUUCCUGGACAAAUGUGAGUGUUGGUGCCUCAGUGUCGGCAAAUAUGUUUACUACCACUACUACUACUAUAUUACUAUUAACUACUACUACCACCACUAUUUUAUCAUCACCAACACGACCAUCACUGCUACUACUACUACUACUACUAUUAUUAUUACUAUUUUUCCUAUUGGUCACUUUGUAUAAAAGCUGCCACUACAGUCUCUCUCUCUUUUUCUGUUGAUUUGAAGAGAAAGAAAAAGAAAAGGAAAAAAAAAAAUGAAAUUCGAUAUAAAGAUAAUUCUUGCAGUAAUAAUUUCCAAAGAGAAAAAUAAGUAUUUAAAAAAAAAAAAUUAGAAACAUAAAUACAAAAAGAAAAACAACUGCAAUAAUAAUGACAACAGCAAACAACAAUAAUAAUAA